AUGAAUUGUUUAUCAAUCAAUAUUCUGGGGAUUGGGGUUAGUGGGAAGGCGUCUUGGAUUAAAAGACUAAAAAAUGAAUUCGGUGUGUCAUUUAUCGGUAUGCAAGAAACUAUGUCGACUAAUGUACAAUCGGGGAUGUUGGCUAAUUUUUGGGGAGGUAUGGGGUUUGACUAUGAGUUUGUUAAUUCUAAUGGUCACUCGGGUGGUUUAGCUUGUAUGUGGGAUCCCAAGACAUAUGUGAAAGACAUGGUAGCGAAAGAUGAUAAUUAUCUUCAUGUUUCGGGUUUGCUGACGGAUGGUUCUAUUCGUCUUAAUAUUAUUAAUGUUUAUGCUCCUCAACACAAUCAAGAUAAGAGAAAUCUAUGGGCAAAAAUUGUGCAACUUAUGCAAUCGGGUCAAGGUUGGUGGUUGGUUUUUGGCGAUUUCAAUGCAGUUCGAAAUAUGGGAGAAAGAAAAAAUUCAAAGUUCGACACAGUUUGUGCUAAGGGUUUUAACAAUUUUAUUGAUGAGGCGAGCCUUCGAGAAUAUAAUUUGAAAGGUAUGAAGUAUACUUAUAUGACGAAUAGAGGAGGCAAGUGUAAGAUAUGA